UUACCAUCUAAAUAUUUUAGUCUCUCUCUCUCUCCCUCCUUCCCCAAUUACCCAUCUCAACACAAAACACCAGCUAACAUAAAUCAUCUUCCUCUCUUGUCUCCUGUAGCUCUGAGCUUCACUCAUGGCUGCCUCAUCCUUUGCAGAUGGAGAAAAAGAUAUGGUGAAAGGUGGAAUGAUUCUACAAUCUACUGAGUCUCAAAACCCUAUGUUAGAUCCUUCACCAACGCCUUCACCAUCCGCAACAGCAACUGCACCAGCUUUGGUUCUGUCUAACUCAGGCAAAAGAAUGGAUCAAGCUGGGAAGAAAAAGUACGUGAAGCAAGUCACUGGUCGCCACAACGACACUGAGCUUCACUUAGCUGCUCAGCGUGGCGAUUUGUCGGCUGUGCAGCAGAUUCUCAAGGAUAUUAACUCUCAGAUGGAAGGGACUCUGAGCGGGGAAGAGUUUGACGCUGAAGUUGCUGAGAUCAGGGCUUCGAUUGUGACUGAGGUGAAUGAGUUAGGCGAGACCGCGCUCUUCACUGCUGCUGAUAAAGGUUAUCUUGAUGUUGUGAAAGAGCUUUUGAAGUAUUCGAGUAGAGAGAGUAUUGCUAAGAAGAACCGUUCUGGUUAUGAUCCUCUUCACAUUGCUGCCAUACAAGGUCAUCAUGCUAUUGUUGAGGUUUUACUAGAUCAUGAUUCGACGCUUAGCCAUACGUUUGGUCCAUCGAAUGCAACUCCGCUUGUGUCUGCGGCUAUGAGAGGACAUACGGAAGUUGUGAACCAGCUUUUAUCGAAAGCUGGGAACUUGCUUGAAAUUUCUCGGUCUAACCAUAAAAAUGCAUUGCAUCUAGCUGCAAGGCAAGGGCAUGUGGAUGUUAUAAAAGCUUUGCUAGUUAAAGAUCCUCACCUAGCGAGAAGGGUUGAUAAGAAAGGACAAACUGCACUUCACUUGGCUGUUAAAGGACAGAGCUCAGAAGUGGUGAAACUGUUGUUGGAUGCAGAUCCUGCCAUUGUUAUGCUUCCGGACAAGUCUUGUAACACGGCGUUACAUGUUGCCACAAGGAAAAAACGAGCAGAGAUUGUUGAACUAUUAUUGUCACUCCCUGAUACCAACGCCAAUGCUUUAACCCGAGAACGCAAGACAGCGCUUGACAUUGCAGAGGGGCUUCUACUCUCAGAAGAAUCUUCAUACAUAAAAGAGUCUCUUGCUCGCUGUGGAGCUCUCAGGGCAAAUGAGCUGAACCAGCCAAGAGACGAGCUGAGAAGCACUGUGACCCAAAUCAAGAACGAUGUUCAUAUCCAGCUGGAACAGACCAAAAGGACUAACAAGAACGUUCACAACAUUUCAAAAGAGCUCAGGAAACUCCACAGAGAAGGAAUCAACAACGCAACAAACUCAGUAACCGUUGUGGCUGUGCUCUUUGCAACCGUAGCUUUUGCCGCUAUCUUCACAGUACCGGGAGGUGACAACAACGACGGAUCAGCAGUGGUGGUGGGGCGAGCAUCAUUCAAGAUCUUCUUUAUCUUCAACGCAAUCGCAUUGUUUACUUCUCUGGCCGUCGUGGUGGUACAGAUCACGUUGGUGAGAGGAGAGACGAAAGCUGAGAAGAGGGUAGUUGAAGUGAUCAACAAACUGAUGUGGUUGGCGUCUAUGUGUACAUCUGUGGCGUUUCUUGCAUCGUCUUAUAUAGUGGUUGGGCGGAAGAACGAGUGGGCUGCAGAGCUUGUGACAGUGGUUGGUGGUGUGAUAAUGGCUGGUGUUCUUGGAACCAUGACUUAUUAUGUGGUGAAGUCGAAGAGGGUGAGGUCAAUGAGGAAGAGGAUCAAGAGUGCGCGUAGGAGUGGUUCCAACUCUUGGCAUCAUUCAGAUCACUCAAACUCUGAAGUCGAUCCAAUUUUCGCAAUCUAAGAUCAAUAAUCAUGUAAAUAUAUUUGGUGAAAGGAGCUAGACUAGACGAUCUUGUGACAAUAGGCAAACACAAUUGUCACAACUCUGUAAACACUGGUCAACUCAUCAUAUUCAAAAACUACGUU